AUGGCCUUCACCGGGACCUGCCCGGCUGCCGCCACCUCACUCGCCCUCGUGCUCCUUCUAUUCACGUCGUCAUUGCUGACAUCAACACACGCCGCUCUCAUCGUAGACCCUAACAUCAACAAGGGCUUCACCGUUGGCGGCCAGCUAUGCUGCACGCGAAACGGCAACUGCCCAAAGGACCCAGUGGGCCUUGACUGGGCCCGCAAGAUGAAUGGUGGGCUCGUCAAGCUCAAGUGCAAGAACACUUAUGGAGAACUCUUCCAAGGGCCCAAUUACCAAGGGUACCAAAACAGAACCGGCAGGCGAGGGAUUUUCAACAUCACUGUCCCGGAGCUUGAGUACGUUUUGUACGGGUUCGAUAGCAUCCCGUGCAAAGCUGUCGUCAGGAUAAGCUUCGACCGGGAGUUGUGUCCCGCACUUGCUGACAAGGUGGGCUAUCUUGUGUCCGAAUUGAAGUCCGUGGGAAAGGCUAAUGGGCUGCUCGAACUCGAGCCGAGUGGCUGGAGCGUUCAGCCGUGUUGGUUGGAAGCGUGA